CGCUUGAUGACGUCAGGUCAUUGACAGCGUGAGGCGGCGGCCGUGGCGGCUGCUUCUUUGGUUGUGAGCGGCCGGGUGCAACAUGUCUAGACUGGGGGUCUUGGGCAGUGCCCAAGCCGGGCUGGGACUGUUGCUGGGCACCGCCGCCGGCCUUGGAUUCCUGUGUGCCCUUUACAGCCAGCGGUGGAAACGGACCCAGCGCCAUGGCCACAGCCAGAGCCUACCUAACUCCCUGGACUACACGCAGACCCCAGAGCCAGGACGCCAGGUGAGGCCUUUUCGGGCAGUCCCUGGUGAGGCUGGAGACGCUGCGGUGCUGCCCAGCCUUGCGCGAGAAGGCCCGGAGGAGGUGCUGGAGCGCCUGGACUUGGUGCUGACCAGUCUGGUGGCCCUGCGGCGCGAGGUAGAGGAGCUGCGGAGCAGCCUGCAGGGGCUUGCUGGGCAGAUUGUUGGGGAGGUCCGAUCCCACAUGGAAGAGAGCCAGAGAGUGGCUCGGCGGCGAAGGUUCCCUUUUGCCCGGGAGAGGAGUGACUCUACUGGGUCCAGCUCUGUCUACUUCACAGCCACGUCCGGAGCCACAUUCACAGACGCCGAGAGCGAAGGCGGUGUGCAUGGGAGCCCUUGUCAACUCUGGAUCACCUUUGUCCCUACAGGAAAAGAAGAAGCAGAGGCUGCCCUGAAGAAGGGGGAUGGGAAUGCUGACUGUCACCAGUGGUAUGCAGUGCUUUGUGGUCAGCUAGCUGAGCAUGAGAGCAUCCAGAGGCGCAUCCAGAGUGGCUUUAGCUUCAAGGAGCAUGUGGACAAAGCCAUUGCUCUCCAGCCAGAAAACCCUAUGGCUCACUUUCUCCUUGGCAGGUGGUGCUAUCAGGUCUCUCACCUGAGCUGGUUAGAAAAAAAAACUGCUACAGCUUUGUUUGAAAGCCCUCUCAGUGCCACUGUGCAGGAUGCCCUCCAAAGCUUCCUAAAGGCUGAAGAAUUACAGCCAGGAUUUUCCAAAGCAGGGAGGGUAUAUAUUUCCAAGUGCUACAGAGAACUAGGAAAAAACUCUGAAGCUAGACAAUGGAUCAAGUUAGCCCUGGAGCUGCCGGAUGUCACCAAUGAGGAUUCAGCUUUCCAGAAGGACUUGGAAGAAUUGGAAGUAAUUUUAAGAGAAUAAUCACAUUUCAAUGGCCUUCAUGACUUGAGGGAGACUGCCCUGCUUAGAUCAUCAGGAAUCUAAGUGAUGGUCCUGACUGGUAUCCAUAACCAUUCCCCAAUUUCUUUCCUGUUGCCCACUAGUUAAUUUAUUCUAAUCCCUUAUUUUAUCUGAAAUUGGGGAAGUACUUAAGGCCGGGAUUGCUAUAGUUAAAUGAAUUCUUGAAAAAUCAAGAGUAAUAUAUAUAGCACUGACGGCUAUCUUUAGCCUGCUGGUGAGGUGGAUGAACUUCAAAGAGCUAUAAGAACAAAACACAGAACUUGUACUCUCUAAUAUUUUCUAUUAAUAUUUGACUCCAAACUAUAAGUUCUAAGACCAUACUCUGGUCUACCAGGGUAAAAGGAAAAGUCAGGGCAGCCCAUGGAUAUUGCCCUCUUCUCACCUAUCAUGUCAUGUCAGUUCUAACUAUUCUUGGGCCGAGGGGCUGGACCACUUCACUUCCAGAGUCCUGGCAGCUUUUGGAAGGACACCAGUGCAUAAGGCUUCUGAGACUGUGAAAUAGUGAUCUGAGGAGUUGCCUGGAAUAUAUUUUGGUACAAACCUGAAAUAAACCAAAUUUGACUAUA